AUGCAGUCAGACGGCUCGGACACCAAGCAUGGCUUCGCGGCCACUUCCGACUCAGAACCUGGGCAAGUUGGCCCGGUGAGGCGACGAUUCGGAUUCAACUUCAGCCUCGAAGUUCGCCAGGAAGAGAGCUCUUUUGCAACGACAAAAAAUGCCUCCAAUGCGGAUUUUGACCCGAUCCCCCCUUCGAAGCGAACCUGGAAUUGGGGCGCCUAUGUGGCGUAUUGGAUGGCAGAUGCGUGGGCUGUGUCGAACUGGGAAGUUGCGUCAUCGAUGAUUGCUGUUGGACUAAGUUGGCGAAUGGCAAUUGGAGCCUGUGUUCUUGGUAACUUUCUCAUGGGUCUCGUCAUUACGACCAAUGGAAGAAUAGGAGCUAUUCUGCACACCCCAUUCCCGGUUCUCGCUCGCAUGCCCUUUGGCUACUACUUCAGCUACUUUGUUGUGCUGUCCCGCUGUGUCCUUGCCAUUGUCUGGCUCGGUGUGCAAACCACGACUGGAGGUCAAUGCAUGACCGUUCUGCUGACUGCCAUCUGGCCGAGCUUUGCCAACAUCCCGAAUCACAUUCCAGAAUCUCAGGGCAUCACCACUGCAGGGAUGUGUGGAUUUGUGCUUUACUUCCUCCUUCAGCUUCCCUUCUUGUGCAUCCCGUACACCAAAGUACUACUCUAUAAGCCCUUCAUUCAAUACUUCUUCGCCUUCAAGAGUAUCAUCGCUCCGAUCAUCUUCCUGGCUGUCUUUGGUGAUACAUUGCAUAAGGCCGGUGGAACGAUUAGCCACAGCACUGUGAUUACAAAGGGAACUACCAUUCAUGGUGCCACGUUGGCAUGGGCCUUCUUCAACAAUCUCAACGGAGUCUUGGGUAACUACUCCACGCUCGGCCUCAAUAUCGCCGACUUUUCGAGAUAUGCCAACAAGCCCAGCGCUCAAAACGUGCAAGCCAUCGUUAUCCCCUUCAUCUUCAUUUCAUCAGCCAUUGUCGGCCUCCUUGGCAUUUUCACCGCAGCCGCUUCCCAAUCAGCGUACGGUGAGGUUCUCUGGAACCCUAUUGAUAUUAUCAGCUUGUGGAUGAAAUCUGGUUCCCACGGCGGUCGAGCUGCAGCUGCCUUCGGCGCUAUCGGCCUGCUGAUUGUUACGCUUGGUAUUAACAUUUCCGCCAAUUCUAUCAGUGCCGCGAAUGAUUUGAUGGCCUUUGCUCCCCGGUAUAUUAAUAUCCGACGUGGCCAGAUUCUCGCUGCCAUAAUUGGUAGCUGGGCUUUUGUUCCGUGGAAAAUCUUGGCCUCGGCUCAAAAGUUUAUCGCCUUCCUCAACGGCUAUACCAUCUUCCUGGGUCCUAUGACCUCUAUCCUCAUGACAGACUACUAUAUCCUCCGCCGCGGCAAAGUCUCCGUUCCGGACAUGUACAACUUCCACGGCAUCUACCGCUACUCUCAGAAAUGGGGAACCAACUGGCGUGCUGUGGUUGCCUUCUUCAUUGGCUGCAUCCCUCCUCUUCCUGGCUUCAUCGAUAACAUUGUGGAAGCGGGUGGUAGCAAGACCAGCGUCUCGGCAGGAGGUCAACACCUCUUCUAUAUUGGUUAUAUCUACUCCUUCUUGUCCGGUGGCGUCUUCUACUAUAUUCUUAACCACUUUUUCCCGGCCCCUGAAAGUAUGGUGGAAUUUGCUAUUACUGGAGAGGAUGUUAUUAGUGCUCAAGAUGCCAAGAACUUAGAGAUUAAGCAAGGAGGAGUUAUCACUAAUAAGCCUAAGUUAUCUGUUGCAGGUAGAACAUUAAGGCCAUCUAAGGAGUAA